AUGAACCUCCUAACCCUCCUCCUAACCACCCUCUCCCUCCUCCCCACACCAUCCUACACCCAAGAAUCAUCAUCCUCCUCCUCAUCCUCCGACGAAGACACCUCCUCCACCUCCUCCUUCACCGUAACCGCCUACCGCUCCAACUCCCCAAUCAACAACCUCGCCCUAACCAUCUUCUCGGGCCGCUUCUACCUCGGCGGCCGCACCUCCUCCUACUGUCCACCUGGCGUAGCCUCCGAAGGCGAAUGUCCCCCAGGAAACGAGACUAUAAUCGUCGGUGAUAACGGCCUGUCCGUCUCCGUCCCCGGCGGCCAACAAAUCUACAUCCUCUCGACCGGCGCCCUCUCCUUCACAGCCCCACACUCAGCCUACAUGCCUCCCGGCUCCUCAACCGGCCCAUUCAGCUACACGCCGGGCACACCCUACGGCAGCUGGAAUUACACGGGCUCUCCGGGUGGAUUCAUUGCCUGUCCUGUGAAAGGCGGAGCUGGAGGAGGCGGUAGGUGGAUUGUGUAUGUCAAUUGGAAGAAUGCGACUGUGCCCGGGGGGAAUGUUAAUGAGUGUCUUGGGUUUGGGGCGAGGGCGUGGGGAAGGAAUGCGAGUGUGGGGGCUUGGGAGUAUAUUUGA